AUGGUGUCCAAGCAAAACAACGGCGGCGCUGCUGUUGGUUCUUCUGGUGUUGUUGGCAAUGCUUCGCCAGCAUCUUCCAGCCAAUCAACAACAACUCUGAAGAAGAAUCAAAGCUCUGGACAACAACAAACACCAAACAACAACAACAAUAAUUCUGCUUGGAGUAACAAGACCAAGCCUUCUCCUUCUAGUAAUAAUACUAUGGAUAAUAAUCAAAAGAGAAACAAUGCUAAUAACAACAAUAAGGGAUCAGUCCCAAACAACAAUCAACAACCAAAUCAACAUCAAAAUAAGAACGGAUCAAAUGUUAAUACAAACCCACCUCGUGUAAAGAAUACUCACAAUACUACUCAUAGUGAGAACAAUGAACAAUACAAACACAAGUCUGAAAUCAACAGAAAGAGAAUGUUCUUCCUCUUUUUGAAUUUCGUUGGACAUGUAGUUGAAAUUGUCAAUGUUUCUGGAGAAGUUUAUGAAGGUAUUUUCCACACUGCUAAAGCCGAUUCCUUAAAUGAUGAUUUUGUUUUUGUUUUGACACUUGCUAAAUUAAUUGGAGGAAGUGGUACUCAAACUAUUCAUGAAACAAUGACCUUCAAAUCAAAGGAUGUUCAACAAAUUUAUGCUAAGAAUAUUACCUUUAAUGCUAAAAAGGCAUUUACAUCAUUCAAAACUGAUACUGAAAUUUCUAAUAGACAACAAACAGAAAAGGAAUUAAUUAAAUGGCAACCUGAAGAAAAUGAAGCUGAACUUAUUUCACUUGAAGAGGGUACUUAUGCUCCAAGACAAUGGGAUCAAUUUUCUGAAAACUUGAAUAAGUUUGGUGUUAAAUCUACUUAUGAGGAACAUUUAUAUACUACAAAUCUUGACAGAAAUUCUGAUUUCUACAAAACUCAUGCUGCUAAAGCUAGUAGAAUUGCUGAAGAAAUUGAAAAGAGUGCUCCAUCUCUUAAUAGUAUUCACAUUUUGGAAGAAAGAGGUUUAUUGGAACAAACUGAUAUUUCAGAAGAAGACUUGUACAGUUCUGUUAUUCGUGAUCCAAAGGGUGCAUCAGCUUUCAAAAAGCAACCAAAGAAGAAUAUUCCAAAGACUACUCAACCAUUGGCAACAAAUGCUACUCAACCAUCAACUCCUGGAAAAUAUGUACCUCCACACAAGCAACCAAAGGGUCAUCCUACUUCUCAACCAAUUGUAAAGCAAACUCAAGAAGCAGAAGCUGUUCUUGAUAAGGAACCUAUCAAGAUUAAGCCUCUCUCACCUAUUAUUGAAGGUAUCAAGGGAUCAAUUGGUAAAAGCCGUUCUGUGAGUCAAGUAGUUCUUCCAGAAAAGUCUCUCAUUGAGAAAUCUCAAAGUAUUCCAAUUGAAACCCCAAAACCAAAGAAUGUUACCAAUUUGUUAGUAGAUACAACUAGACCUGGUAGAAGUAAUUCAUUUACUAUUGGAUCAGCUCCACUUCCACAAAAGAUUGAAGAACAUAAGAACAUUAGAGCUCAACUCACUAAACCAGUUACUGUUAGUCCAAAAUUGGGAAGUGGUACUAUGAGUCCAACUCUUCCUUCUUCUCCACUUGGAUUCCCUAAGGCAACAAGUCCUUCUACUCCAAAUCCAAUCAAGGAAAGUAUUAUGUCAUUGCACUUACAUCCUUUCGUACCAAAGGUAACACCAGAAGUUGUUGAACAUUUUAUGGAAUACAAGAAGAAGUCCAGUGACUUGAAUAGAAAUAGAGAAAAGGAAACAUCAUCAUUCAAGGAAUUCAGUUCUCUCCUCUCUUCCAAGAUUAAGGACGCUCCAGAAUCAACAACCACUUCUGCUGCCACUAAACCAACAACUGAAACCAAGCCAGCCACAGAAACUAAGAAAGAACAACCAAAAGAAGAAGAAAAGCCAAAACCAAAGUCAACACUUAAUCCUAAUGCUAAAGCUUUCGUUUUUAAUCCAAAGACUCCUGCAUUCGUUCCAAAGAUUACCACACCAACACCUCCAACUAGUACAACCACACCUCCAACAAACCCUCAAAUGCCACAAGUCACUCAACCUCCACAAAUGGUUCCUCCAGGUGUAGGAGUUGGAUUCUAUCCUACACCUCCUAUUGUUGGAUAUCCACCUGCAGUUGGUACACCAUUUGUCUAUACUCCUCAAUUCCCUCCAACAAACCCAUCUUACAAUAAUAAUUUCAGAACAGUUUCUUGGGCUGGAAAGAUAGAAGAUAUUCAAAUUCGUAAUCACUUUUUCAAGGUUAGUCUAGAUCAAUUCGAAAAGUCUGUUGGUCCUACUUGGUUGGAUGAUGAAGAAAUUGAGCAAAGAAAGAGCUUUAAGGAUGCAGAUGCUACUUCUAUUACAUCUGUUGAUAUUGAUUCCCAAACUGCUAUUCAUCCACAAACUAAUCCGCAACCUUUCCCUUAUCAUUAUUAUCCACAACCUGGAAUGAUGGUUCCUCCACCUUUCGCUACUCCAGUUGUUACCGCAUACAGUGGCUACUUCCCACCACCAGUCAAUCCAAUUCCAAGAGAGCAAUAAUUUUUACUUUAGAAUAAAUUAAUUUACUGUUUUUUUUG